AGCAAAGGAAUGUACUACUGUAAACGGUUUUGUAUGUCUCUCUCUCUCUAGACCUAAUGUAUCUUUAAAGUAGUGUGUAUCUAAUGAACUCUUAAAUUAAUGUCUCGUUUACAGCCUGACAUCAGAUACAAAGUCAGUCAGUUUUGGCAGCAUUAAAGUAAACAAGGAAACAACAAUUCAGUGACACCAUUCAAUCCUGCCAUUCAAGUUGCAAAGGCAGCUGUCUUGUUCCAAAUUCAAACUGCAUUUAAAAAUGCUAGUUGAAUAGGACAAAGUCAGUUAGAAAGCGCUCAGUCGGACAUAUCAGUCAUCACCUCUGACCUGACUGACUAUUAUAAACUUGAACGCCUGUUUAUGCAAAUAAUUAAGAUUAGUGACGUCACGACCGCAAAAAGGGUCCUCAUAAUCCUAUAUGGGAUGUGUGAAAUGUGAUUAAGUGAUUGCAUUUUUAAUUAAUCUGGUCGUGGCCGUUUCAGGAAUAAAACGUGGCAUUGAAGCUUUUGGAGAGGCGGCUGCGCGCAUUUAACGGCGAGGGCGCACCGGCAGGGAUACCUGCAAGCAAACCAUCUUCAGAAGUUCUCCAGCAUGUGCUUUGACUAUGAUCAACACUGCUGGAACUACUGCGCCACCCCAUGACCACCGAAGGAUUGCAAGCACUCAGCGUAUUUAAACCCCCUUGCAAGGCACUGGGGGAGUUACAGUGUGAAUUGGACUCUGACUGAGUAAAAGUUCGCCGGGGAUUGUGCUUGUGGAUACUAGGACAGACACACUAAAAGAUGGCAAACAAAGGACAGGUUCCGCACCUUCACUUGGCAGAGCUGACCGCAUCUCAGUUCCUGGACAUCUGGAAACAUUUUGAUGCAGACGGAAAUGGCUACAUUGAGGGUAAAGAGCUUGAGAGUUUCUUUAAGGAGCUGGAGGUUGCGCGGAAAGGAGCAGGUGCGGACCCCUCACUCUUUAAAGACAGGAUGACAGAGUUCAUGCAGAAAUUUGACCAGAACCACGAUGGGAGAAUUGAGAUGUCAGAGCUGGCUCAGAUCUUGCCCACAGAAGAGAACUUUCUCCUCUGCUUCAGACAGUUUGUGGGAUCCAGCACUGAGUUCAUGGCAGCCUGGAGGAAAUACGAUACAGACCGCAGUGGUUUUAUCGAGGCUAAUGAACUGAAGGGCUUCCUUUCUGACCUCCUUAAAAAGGCAAACAGACACUAUGAUGAGCAGAAAUUGCAGGAAUACACACAAACAACACUCAGGAUGUUUGAUCUGAAUGGUGAUGGAAAACUGGGUCUGUCUGAAAUGGCAAGACUCCUGCCUGUUCAGGAAAACUUCUUGUUGAAGUUCCAGGGUAUCAGACUGACUGCUGAGCAGUUUAAUGCCAUCUUUAUGUACUAUGACAAGGAUGGGAAUGGCUAUAUUGAUGAGCAGGAGCUGGAUGCUCUCCUGAAGGAUCUUUAUGAAAAGAACAAUAAGGACGUGGACUCUAAGAGUCUGACAGGUUAUAAGCAGAGUAUCAUGGCACUGUCGGAUGGGGGGAAACUGUACCGCUCAGAGCUGGAGAUUGUUCUGUGCCGGGAACCCCUGCUGUGAAUCAAGGCUUCCUGACCUCCAUUUCAGCUCCGUUCCAGCCGCCUGACUACUGUUACCUUGUGCAUGUGCCGGGCACCCCUUCCCCUCCUCUUUAAAUGAGUUCUGAAAGAGUGUGCGCACAGAAGCACAAAAUCUCUCCUUUCCUUUUCCACAACCCGUCGCCACUGCUUUCCUGUGCCUACGAACUAACCCAGCUAUAUGACGCCCUCUGCUCAAUUUUAAACCUAUAUAUUUAAAGAAGAGUCUUUCUGAAAGAGUUGCAGACUAAUGGCUAAUAUAUGAUUAGGUAUGUGAUAUAUUUGAAGUGCUUGGCUUCAAAUUCUUGUGGUUUUCUCCUAUCAAUUUAGUUUCUCUUUCUGUUUUUUUCAGUAUCAUUAUUUAUCAUUUUAUUAAUUUCUGCCAAGUUAUGUUGGGGUUUGUGGUGUUUUUUGGCUGACACUGUUUAAAGAUGUAAUGAGAGCAUUAAUAAAAGUUAUGGGAUAAUAUGUUUCAGCUUUUAUACAUUUUGUCAAUUCUAAGGUGAAAAUUAUUAAAAAGUUGAAACGUG